UUCACUUCACGGUAGUUAACUGCGUCACGAGGUAGGCAAUGAGAUGCCAGUAGCGGACGCAGCAAGCCAGUCGACAGCGCGCGCUCGUCCAGUCCACACCUCUCCUCCGCUCACGACCUACCGUUCACCACCCGCCACCUGGGUUGUUCUAGGCGGGAGCCGCGGUGUGUUUGCUGCAGUUUUUACUUGGCUUCAUCUUCAUUGGUUCGUGUCCAGCCAUGGCGGACCGAGGCCUCAGUCGGGCAGGAACCCCCAAGCCCAGCCAGGACACGCCACGGCGUGCAUCCAAGCCCAGCCAGGACACGCCACGGCGUGCACCCCAGCCCAGCCAGGACACGCCACGGCGUGCUUCCCAGGCCAGCCAGGACACGCCAAGGCGUGCUUCCUCCUCCUCAUCUGUCUCACGGGACAGUUCACGGCCCAGGCGUGAUGAUGAUGACCGGUUAAGGAAGGACAAUAAGAGGACUGCUGUUGGUUUUGAUGGGUCGUCCGUCAAGCGUCUUUGUGCUUCCAAACCACAACAACCGUCCGGCAGUCAACAACCGUCUGGCAGUCAACAACCGUCCGGCAAUCAACAACCACCUGGCAGUCUACAAUCAUUCGUCAGUCAACCCUGUUCGGACGAGGAUCCUUCUGCUUCAGACAAGAAAUUUGAUAUUCUCACCAAUCUGUUGAGUGGUUUAGUUGAAAAACUAGACAACCGCAUUACACGCAGUGCUUCGCCUUCACCGGUAGAUUAUGGUGGCUGUCAUGAAUUGUCCCCUUCUGAUAAUGAGGACGGUGAAGAGUCUGAGAGAGAUGAUCCAGACCCCCUAGAUGGAUUAGACACUAUCUCCCCCUCUUUUUCCGGUAGCCAACCCGCUACCUCUGGUGAUGACGCAGACUUCCUCCAAGCGUUGAGUGAAUUGUCUGACAAUUUUUUGGGCGAGGAAGCAAAAGGUGAACCAAUUUCUGAUUCACUUGCAUCAAUAGUCAAUGCCAGCCUGAGGCGUCGUCCUGUGGCCGACAUUGUAAAAUCAACCACUAAUAGGAUUAAAAUACCCAGCAAUGUGCCCAAUAUGAAAGUUCCAGAGACUAACCCUCCCAUUGUCAAAGCAAUGAAUACGGGAGGUAAACUUGUGGAUGCUCGACUAACCCAUAUUAAUGGACUGUUACUGAAAGCGCUUGUUCCCAUUACUCAGUGCGUUAGUGACGUGGGGGAAAGGAAAGGGAAGGCAGUGAAUUUUUACCUGGAAGGUUUAAAUGAUUGCCUUAGGCUACUAAUCUCCGCCUUCAAUUACACCAACCAGUUACGAAAGGAGGUGGCACGUGUUCACGUCAAUGACACUGCUCUUGCAGAACUCUGUAAAUGGGAGUGUGAAGUCGGUACUGACAAACUCUUCCCUUUCGACAUUGUGAAGAAAUGUGAUGAAAUGCAUAGAACCAAGAAGCUGGGAAGGCCGUCCUUCCGCCCCUACAAGACCUCCAGAGGGAAGAGCUUAUCCUUCGGUAGACAGGACCACAGGAGACCUUACAGCUCACGAGCCCGGUCAAAGCUUCCUUCAAGGCCUUUUUUAGGCCUGCGGCAGUCUUACGGGAGGAGGACGCAGCCAUACAAACUUCCCCAGUAACGCCUCCCACAGUGCCUCCCACAUGUCAUUGGCCGGAUGUUGGGAAAGAUCCUGGAGGACAAGGCGACAUCCCUGACUAUUCUGCCGCUCUGGCCUACCCAGGUCUGGUUCCCGAUGGCCCUCCGGUUACUGAUUGCACCUCCCCGCCUUCUUCCUCGCGCUUCCUUAACACUACCCCAGGACCCGUCGCGAGUACAUCCUCAGACCUCGAAGUUGAUAUUGUCAGCCAUGAUCCUCUCUGGCGAUCCUUUGCAUACAGAGGCCUUUCGCAGGAAGUUGCCGAAUUUCUGCUUCAAUCGUGGAGACAGAGCACGAAAUUACAAUAUGGGCCGCAUAUCAAAAGAUGGUUGUGUUUUUGUGUCGGCAGGGAAAUUAAUCCUUUUCGACCACCUGUAAGUUGUUUGUUGGAUUUCUUGUUGCAAGAAUUUAGGAAGGAGACGGGACGGAGCUACAGUUCUUUGAAUGUCGUUCGUUCUUCUCUUUCUGCCAUUGCUAAUAUAGAUUCCAAACCCGCGGGCCAGCACCCUCUAGUCUGCAGGUUUAUGAAGGCAGUUUUUCUAUUAAGGCCAUCUUUACCCCGUAACUGCUCUACGUGGGAUCCAGAUGUAGUCCUGACGCACAUAAGAUCUUUGGGGCAAAAUGAGGGCCUGUCCAUGAUUCAGUUAUCUGGGAAAUUGGUCAUGCUCAUGCUCCUGGUAUCCGGACAACGUGGCCAUACUUUACAUCUUUUGGACACUAGGAACAUGACAGUUUCUCGUUCUGAGGUUUGUUUUCGAAUAGGUGAUCUUCUGAAAACUUCCAGACCUGGUGUUCAUCUCUCUGAGCUUGUUUUUCCGGCUUAUUCUCCAGACAAAUGUUUAUGUGUAUUCACCACUAUUUGCUGUUACUUGGAAAGGACUGCAGGGAUUAGGGGCUCUAUUACCAGGUUCUUUUUUUUUUUAACUACUAAGGCUCCCGUGCGGUUAGCGUCACGAGACACUAUAAGACGCUGGACUAGGAAUGUCAUGAGGGAUGCAGGUAUUGAUUUAACAAUUUUCUCACCUCACUCCACCAGAUCUGCCUCCUCCAGCAAGGCAUCCCUGACUCUACCUGUCUCCACAAUCAUGGCCACUGUGGGGUGGUCGUGUGAGUCUGUUUUUGCUAAAUUCUACAGGAGGCCGUUGUCCAAGCGGACAGAUUUUGCUAGUGCAGUGUUGGGCUGAGGAGGUUUCCUAAUCUUGAUUACUUGGGUAUUUAUUAAGGUAUACACAUACAUAUAGAUUGUUGAUUUGCACAUGGAUUGCAGUCUGUUCUAUUAUUUGUGUUGAGUUUCACUUCUGUACUACCUUAUAUCGUUACUUGGGAAAUAAAUGGUUAUUCUUUG